CGAGUGAGAGAGAAAGAGGUAGACAUCCCCAAGGAUGAACGCGAAACCCCAACUUCUCUGAACUUUGAGAGUUAAAGGUUUAAGGAGAGCGAGGGAGAAUAGAAGGCUGUAAUAUAGGAAGGAAGAAGUGAGGAAGACUGAAGUAUAAAAACACUUAUACCAUGACACAGACACAGCAUCGCCUCCAGUCGACGGUCCCUCUAUCAGCCAUGAAGGCAGGAAAGGUGGCGAUGUCUCCAGGAGAGGACGGUCUGAUUGGGAUCCCCUUCCCAGAGCACAGCAGCGAGAUCCUGUUCCGCCUCAACGCCCAGCGCAGGGCGGGGCUACUCUGUGACCUCACCCUGACCUCGCGGGGUGCCCGCUACCCUACCCACCGCUCUGUCAUGGCUGCCGUCAGCCUCUACUUCCGCGGGCUGUUUGGAGCGGAGGAGGGGGCCGAGGCAGGGGGGGAGGCGGCGGGGGGAGGAGGAGGGUUCAGUGUGUGCCAGCUGGACUGUGUCGCGCCCGAUGCCCUGGGUGCCCUGCUGGAGUUUGCCUACACGGCCACCCUGACCAUCCGCAGCUCUGGCAUGAGAGACGUGUUGAGAGGAGCUCAGUUACUGGGGAUCCAGUGUGUGGUUGAUGCCUGUAGAGACAUACUGGGGGAGACGGCGGGGGAGGUAGAGUGGGAGAUGGGGGAGGAGAGGGUACAGGCGGAGAGGGAGAGAAGGGUGGAGAGGGGGAUGAAGAAAGGCUCCCGGAGGAAGAUAGACAGACGGAGAGUCAACAAGGUGGAGUCAUCGCACCACCAGCCACUGCCUCAUCGCCCCAAUAUUAACACACACCAGCACCCCUCCACUCCUCCUCCACACCCCUCACCUGUUCAAGACGGGGCCCACUCUCAUCCCUCCACCCGACCCCCCAGCCCUGAGCAGGAUGAACACCCCCCCACCACAGGACAGAACGGGGAGCGGAAGCAGGGCAGGGAUGCAGGGAGAGGGAGUACAGCAGUCAACGGAGGGGUGCACUGGCCUCAGGAGUGCCUCCUCGCCCCCCACCCCCCUCUUCCCCUCUCGGACGACAGGCUGUCAGAAGACGAGGAGGAGAUGGAGGGAGUGGGGAACGGUGGGGUGCCCAGCUUUACUUCAGCCCCCCUGGCAGAGCAAGGGGUGGCCACAGGGGCAGGAGGAGGGGGUAGGAAGAGGAAGUCUCAGACCCCCCAGCAGUGUCCUGUCUGUCAGAAGAUCAUCCACGGAGCAGGGAAGCUGCCCAGACACAUGAGAACACACACUGGGGAGAAACCAUUCGAGUGCUCUACCUGCGGGGUCCGCUUUACCAGGAAUGACAAGUUGAAGAUCCACAUGCGUAAACACACAGGGGAGCGCCCAGGAAUGACAAGUUGAAGAUCCACAUGCGUAAACACUUGCCCCCACUGCCCCGCCCGCUUCCUGCAUUCCUACGACCUGAAGAACCACCUGUCUCUCCAUAGUGGGGCACGCCCCUUCGAGUGCCCGCUCUGCCACAAGGCCUUCGCCCGCGAGGACCACCUCCAGCGCCACCGCAAGGGCCUCAGCUGCCUGGAGGUCCGUACCCGGGCACGGCCGAGGCGCGGGCCUGGGGCUGACCACGGGGAAGAGGGCAGAAGGGUUAGAGGAGGAGGAAGAGGGUAUUCUCCAGACCAACUCGACCCGCUGGAGAAUCUGGCCCUGCAGCCCCACGCCUCAGCAUUCCACCCCCGUGCUGGGAUGGUUGGCCUGGGGGCUGAGGCUGGGGCUGGAGGUCAAAUGGUGUUCCAGGAGGAGGCUGACGGGGAGCAAGCUAUAGCCCUCCUAGGGCCUCACAGGUUACCCUACCCUGGUCUGCUGUGGAGAGGCCUGGAGCUGGGGGUGAGAGGGGUGGAGGGGGAGGAGGCAGGCGGGGGCCACUCUCCUGCACUUCAGCAUGCAAUAUGGGAUAAGGAGGCAGAGGAGGAGGCAGAGGAAGACGAGUGAGAAGAGAGGAAGAGAAGAGCGUGCAUGGAUGUGUAUGCGUGUGCAUGUGUUUGUGUGCACGUAUGUGCAUUUGUAUAUGCAUAAGUGUGUGCGUGCGUGUGUGUGUGUGUGUCACCUACAGUAUGGAUGGGGAUCUCACUCAGGUGACUGGACCUGCUCCUUCUUACAAAGCGCUUAGAGAAAGACUAAAUGAUAGAGAAUGACUAAACGAUACAAAAAGAAUAAUGGAAAACGGGUUUUCUGAUUUGUUAUUGUUGUUUCAUGGCUCUGUUUUUAUUUCAGUUGUCUUUUAUUUCUAUUUUCCAUUUCUAUUUUAUUUCAUGCUGUGGUUAUUCUUAUUAGCUGUACAUAAAAAGAGGCUUUAUUGAGGGAAUGUUUUGCCCAUAGAUGUGCUGAUGGGGAUAUGGGGUUCUUUUCUCUCACUAAGCAAACUGAAGUCAGGAGCUGAGAAAAAUGAUGUGUCCAGAUGUAAAAAAAAAAAGAAGAGAAAAGAAAUCAUGUAUUUUUGAGCAGAGUGCUGUUAGAGUAAUAUAACAAUCAAAUGUUAUUGAUGUUCAAACAAUGUAUGUACAACAUCCAUCUGGCACUACUAAACCCUAUCACUCUUCAUGUCACUAUACUAGCACUCUCAGUGGGGUAGUAAGAAACCAGAAUCAUCCGGUUUUCAGUGGAAAAGCAGAGAAGACACAAAGCCUGAAAACCGGUAGCUUCCGGUUCCUUCCGACCCACUCAGGCGUUUGUUUUACGCCUGCUAAGUUAGGUAAGUAUAGUAGUAGGUGUGGAAUCUGCUGUUUCACUUUGGGUGUACCCUACUACCCUCUAGUGGUUAUUGGUGGAGCUAGUUGCCAAUGGCAACAAGUCACACAGGUUUCCUAUUGAAGAUAGCCAUUAUCUAACAGUAACAGUCAUAUUUUAAUAAGGCUUAUUAUUUUGCUGUCUGUUCUAAGUAGAUUUUCAUGCCCUUUUAUGAGGCACCGAUGAUACCAAAGAUUUCAGUUUAUUUCUUCCUAAUCAAUCAGUUUGAUCAAGCACAGGAGUACCAGAGCUAUAGAUUGAGAUCCCAAUGGGCACGCACUGGUUGAAUCAUUGUUGGUUCCACUCCAUUUCAAUGAAAUGACAUUAAACCAAUGUGGAAUAGACAUUGAAUUGAUGUCUGUUCCCAGUGGGAUGGCUCUAAGGGUAUCCUGGGAUUUUAGAGCCAAGGUUUGGUUAAAAGACCUGUCUUCAUUUGCCCGGUUCUCUGCUGCAGACUGCUAGAAGGGUUGGAGACUGCUUCCAUAGGUUCGAUUCUCUGUGGAGCUCUAGUGCUCUGUGAAAAAUGACUGACCAAAACUAGACUACAUCUGCAGGGUCAUUGGAUGAUUGUUAAUGAGAGGUGUGUUUGUUGCUUUAGCGUUUACUUUUUGACAUCGACGGGACAAUUCCUUUCCAAAGUUUCCUUCUUUAGAACGUCUUCUGAUCAUGCACUCCUCGUUUUUUUUAUUGCAAAAUGAGCGAGAGAAAAGGAGAGACCAAGAGGGAAGGAGAGAGUGAGGGAGAGACAUUGAUCUCUUGAUUGCUCUGUAUUUAUUUAUUUAUUGUUAUUUAUUGUGGCUUUCCAGUUGAAACUGUGUGUGUGGCCUGACCCAGGGUAUCCACAGUGACCCGACCCAGGGUAUCCACAGUGACCCGACCCAGGGUAUCCACAGUGACCUGACCCAGGGUAUCCACAGUGACCUGACCCAGGGUAUCCACAGUGACCUGACCCAGGGUAUCCACAGUGACCUGACCCAGGGUUUGACACAGUGACCCGCAACACCACUCGGCUCGGGUCCCCUUCUGGCACAGUUGAAGUGCUCUGUACCUGCUUCCUUUUGAGUCUUAAGAGAAACUGCAUUGUGCUUAACGUGACGGCUAACAAAGACCCGUACACCCAGUGCCAUGUUGGGUGAAAGGUCCUCUGUUGGCUAUUCUUCCUCCUUUUGCAUUUGUUUUGCACAACACAUCACACCCUGAAAAGGUACUGCAAUAAUACUGGCACAUUCCAUCCUCCUGGGGAGAAAGAAGGGAUCAGAAAAGAGAGGGGGAAAAGAGACAGACCGAGCCUUUCUCUCUCUCUCUCUUUAGAGCACAAGACAACUGUCGCACCACCCGUAGCCGUUUCACACUUUCAGUUAAAGAGAUAAGCAUCAACUGCACUUAAGGAGAGAACUGUGUUGUGGAUUCAACAUGUACUGUAUGUUAUUGUGUUAUCUGUCAAAGCUGUGUGUAUAAGUCACAGAUAGGCCCUUUGUCUCUAGGAGACCAGCGACCAUCUUGGGUGGCCCAUUGCAGGUGUAAGGCUACUUUGCUUACAGAUAAUCAACUAUUUCUUCAAAGUCUGUCACUCUUUAGGUGAUAGUGAGUUAUGUUCUUUAUUUACAACUAUUUACGAGGGCUGUAACUCUAGCCUGAAGCUUAUGUAGCUCUAGCAGACUGGACCUGUGUGUGCUACCAUUCCACGCUAUGUAGAAGAACUUUCCUUGUUUCUGAUUUAUUUGCACUAAAAUAUUGAGAGCUUUUAAUUUUUUUUUGUUUCACCUCCUUAUCCAUUCCAUGACGUCACUCAGUAUCGUUUAUGAUUGUAAGAGAAGAUAUCUGUAUAUUGUUCCUUCAAUUCUUGAUAAUAACAUUGGUCUAUAUUCUUUCUACUGCGUAGUGUAAUAAUCAUGAUAAGAGAUUGCUAUGUAAAGGGGUGAAGCUGCCUUGGACUUUUGUUUUUGUGCUGCAACUAUUCUCAGGAAAUCUUGAGCAAUGCACUAAGUAAUUAUGCAAAAUUGUGGGGGAGAUAUGCUGUGUAUAUAUGUAGCCUAUGUAUGUUCAUACAUAUGUCUGAAGAGGUAGUGACACCUUUCACUCAAAAGUAUGGUUCCAAUAUAACACCUUGUACCAUGAGGAAGUAGGAUAAAAGCAAAUCGAGAAAUAGUAGAUAUCCAUUUGUAUGGUAAAACAUGUACAAUAUAGUGUACAUCAAUUGACACCAGCCAGUCACAUACAUUGUGCUGAAAGGUUUUUUGUGCUGAGGGGUGUUGCUACCAGCAUUUAGAGAGCUUGGUGAGUGAAUGAGAGGGAAACAUUAUGCCAGCUGUGAAGCGUGGUGUUUCUAUGGAACUUUAUGUCGUUUUAUUUGGCUUUGGUGAAGGGAUCUGGGGUCUGUUUUGAAUAGAGACACCACUAUCAGGGAUACAUUUUUGUCUUUCCAUUUUUGGUGGACCUGCUGUCAGAGAUAUUAAUUCAUUUUCCCAUCAUUUGUUUCAGAUAAUGUAAAGAAAACAGAUAAAUAAACAAAGAUCUAUCCCUGUC